AUGGAUACAACCAACAAUGAAACUACUUUCCGGCGUCCUCAACGUGCUCAUCGUCUCUUGAAAAAUCUGCGAUUAAUUUGGCUUGAUGCCAAUUUCAAUGAUCUCAAUGAUAACUUUAAAGCGAUGAUACAAUAUGUACAACGUGUUAUGCCAUUAAUCACGCACUUUACAGAUGCUGAUGAAUGUAUCGAAUUCAUCAAAGAGAUCAGCGAUGAAAAGGUUUUCAUAAUUGCCAGUGGCUAUUUCGGUAAAUACAUCGUUCAAAUAAUUCAUUCGUAUCCGCAAGUGAAAUCAAUCUAUAUACUUUGUGGUAAUCAAUCAAUCCAUAAAAAAUGGACUAAAAACAUCCAUAAAGUUAAGGGCGUGUACACAGAAAUCGAGCCAAUUUGUAAAGCUCUUCAGAUCGAGAAAGAAAAUAAUGAUCGAGAAGUGGCAGUGAGUGUUAGCGGUAUCGAUCCACUGUUUCUGUACACGCAACUUAUGAAAGAAGCCAUAAUGGAUGUUGAGGAUGAUGAUAGUAAAUCGGUAAAAGACCUUGCUGAUUUUUGUCGUCUUCAAGAUGACAUAUCUGAGAUGGAGAUCAAAAUGAUCGAAGAGAAAUACCAUACCCACACGUCCAUAUAGUGGUAUAAGUCACUUUAUUUUUUGUAUUCAGUACUCAAUCGUGGACUCCGCGAGAUGAACACAGAUAUUAUUGUAAAAAUGGGCUUCUUCAUACUCCAUUUACAUAAGCAUAUUGAGAAAGUGUAUCAUGAGCAACAAUACAAAACGAACCGUAUAGAACCUUUUCAGGUUUAUCGUGGUCAAGGACUGCCAAAGGAAGUCUUCGAAAAUAUGAAAAAAUAUGAAGGAAAACCUAUGUGUUUUACUAAUUUUCUCUCAACGAGUGAAGACAGAGACGUUUCAUUUGCAUUCGCGGAUUCUAACACAGAAAAUCCGACUUACGUUGGCAUCCUGUUCGUUAUGCAUAUUGAUCCGAUUGUUUGUAAAAACUCUUCUGUUCCUUUCGUCACCAUUACAAAUGAAGGAUAUUAUGAGAAUAAAGAAAAUGAAGUUCUCUUCUCCAUACACACCAUCUUUCGAAUCAAUCGAAUAAAACAAAUCGGCGCCAAUGAUCGUCUCUAUGAGGUGGAUCUCACUAUUACGGGCAAUGAUGACGAGGAGAUGAACAAACUUACUGCUCGAAUACGAAAAGACAUUGAAUACUACUCGAGUCCAGGAUUUCAGAGACUAGGUACGAUUCUACUUAGAAUAGGAGAGGCACAAAAAGCGGAACGUUUAUUCAUGGUAUUACUAGAAGAAGCCUCGACUGAACAGGAUCGUGCUUAUUAUUAUCAUCAACUCGGUUACGUGUACGACGACACCGGUGAAUACGAAAAAUCGAUUACAUUUUAUGAGAAAGAUAUUGCGUUUAAAGAGAAAACACUGCCUCCUAAUGACCCUAAAAUAGCUAGUUCCUAUAAUAACAUUGUUGAAGUAUAUCGAAAGAUGGGCAAUUUUUCGAAAGCCCUUUCAUCACAUAAAAAAGCACUUGAAAUCCGUAAAAUAGUUCUUCCUUCGAAUCAUCUCGGCUUAGCUCAAUCGUAUAAUAACAUCGGCGUUACCUAUUACGAAAUGGGUGAUUACUCGACAGCUCUUUCUUACUACGAAAAAGAUCUUGAGAUCAUCCAGAACGCACUUUCUUCGAAUCACCACGACUUAGCAAGAUCUAACGGUAACAUUGGUAUGGUGUACCAAGCCAUGGAAAAAUACAAUGAUGCUCUAAAAUACCAUCAACGUGCACAUGAGAUCUUUACAAAGACUCUCCCUCCAAAACAUCCCGAUUUGGCCAUGCCAUACGGAAAUCUUGGUCUUCUUUAUCACGAACAGGGAGAUUACAAAACGGCAGUAACAUAUCUUGAAAAAGCACUGAAUAUAUUCCUCCAGACUCUUC